GGUUUUCAGUUUCGGUAAAUGAUUUGAUUGUUAUAGCUCAAUGAUAGUUGAUAAACAUCUGUUUCAAAUUCUUUAAACGCCCACAAUAUUUAUUGUAUGAAAACUUAUGGCAGACGUGCUUAAGUUCCCCAGCUUUUUUCUUGUAUAUUAUGUGUAAUUAUUUUCUUGAUAAAAUCAGCGUAAUGUGUGUAUCCAUCUUAUCAGGGGGUAUCAUGGGAAUCCCCAACAGUUAAUAUUUGCUCCGAAAUGAACUAUACGAUAUCGAACUUGUAAGCUGAACCAUUGUAGGACGAGUUCAUCUUCAGAAAUGAAUCGGACAAAUAAAAGUGUGCAGAAAAAUGAAGGAGGCCGUCGUAUUUUUCAAUCAGCAUUUAGAGGCAUUUUGCCGCCAGGAGACCGCAGUAAUAAAGACUCAAGAAAAGAACGUCAGAAUGAGAGAACGUCUGCUUCAUCAGCAAAUCAUACGUUGAAAGAAAAUAUUGAUGAACAAAGACCUCCUGAUAAAAAAAAUGACCUUAGCAUUCAGAAAAAUGUUCCAAAUCGUUCUAAAAAUGAAUGUAAUGUAAAGGAUCAAAAAGAGAGUACUUUAAAAUUUUCGAGUAAUAGAUCUUUAUCAGGGGAAGAUGUUGGAGGCCCGCUUGCAAGAAAUUUUCCGGGGGCUGAAUAUUCUGAUGUUAAUUUAAAUCAUAAAAAAUCUGGUGCUAUGGAAUGUGUCUCUAACAGUUUCAGUAAACCUAAUUCUGGUAAAGGAGAUUGGAAACACGAUGCCAAUUCAAAUGAAACUGUUUUACGGCAUAAUCAGAGGGUUAAAAGAAGCAACUCAUGUCGUGAUGGGGCACUGGAUGAUAUGUCAUCUGCGUUUUCAAAGUCCUUCAACUCAUCAACAACAAAUUCAUUUUCUUAUAAAAAAGAUAAUUUUAGAAGCAACUGUAGGAAAAAUGUAUCUUGUCAGAAAUUUCAAGAAAUUAAUGAAAAGUCCUAUAGUAAAAAGUGUGAACCUCGAGAUGAUUACGGUCAAAAUGCAUCACAUUCUGAUUAUAAUAGUGAAAGCAAUGAAGAAGAAAUUAACCAUAAAAAGUAUGAACCUCGAGAUGAUUAUGGUCAAAAUGCAUCGCAUUCUGAUUAUAAAAGUGAAAGCAAUGAAGAAGAAAUUAACAGUGAUGCAAUUGAAUAUGAGGUAGAAAAAAUCUGUGAACGUCAUGUAUUGGUAGAUAAUUCUGUAAAAGUUUUAAAUAACAAUAAAGAACAAUUGAAAAUUACAAUUUCCAACCCACUACAAAGAAAAUGUACUGAUUACUGCAAUCCUGAAAGUAAAUUAAAUAGUAAAUUCAGUGAUCAAUCUUCAAAUAAGGCUGUGAUAGUACAUAAACCAGAAAAUAAUACAAAUAACCAUAAUGUACUUCAUGAAAAUAGAGAUGCAUGUUUAUUUGAUACUGGCGAUGGAAAGACUACAAUACAUCGACAAGGAAAUGCACCAGCAGCACAUUCAAAAAUUAGUCAUUCAAAAUUUGAUGAUUAUCCUAAUCAUAAAUUGAGUAGUAAGUUCCAUGAUCAUACUUCAAAAAAGCCUAUUGUACAUAAACCAGAAAAUAACACAAAUAACCCUAAUGUGCUUCAUAAAAAUAGAGAUGCAUGUUUAUCUGAUACUGGUGAUGGAAAGACUACAAUACAUCGGCAAGAAAAUGCACGAGCAAUACAUUCAAAAAUUAGUCAUUCAAAAUUUUGUGAUAAUCCUAAACGUAAAUUAAAUAGCAAGUUCCUUGAUCAUACUUCAAAAAAGUCUACUGUAUAUACACCAGAAAAUAACACAAAUGUGCUUUUUAAAAAUGUAAAUUCAAGUUUAUCUAAUAGUAGUGAUGGAGAGGCUUUAAGUAUUGUUGAUGGGGAAAAUUUAAAAGGAAAUACAUCAGCUGUGCGCUCAAAAAUAAGUCACUCGAAAUGUAAUGAAGAUGGUGAAAAAGUAUAUGACUUCAACUUUCUUUCUGAAUGUACUUCUGCUACUGAAUGUAAAACCAUUCAAGGCAUCAUUAGGGAGGGAAUUGAUGAAUCUGAGCUGGACCUCAGAGCUCUUGAUGAUAAAAAAAUAUUUUCCGAUGAAAAGAAAGUGGUUUGUCUUAAAGACGAAGCUGAAUUGCGUCCGAAAAUUCUUCCUGAGCAGUAUGAAGCUGUAACAAACUACAUAUUAGAAAUUGAAAACGAACGGAAGGUUGAUUGCCAAGUUGCUGGAAGAGUUAUUCAUGACUUAACUAGGUUCUUUGGUUAUUAUUUUCAAGGUACUGAGGUAGAUUACUAUGGUUCAUAUCGCAGUGGUCUUGCUAUCACCACUUCCAAUAUAAAUAUAAGUCUGAAAGCUAAUGUUACUUCACGUUUUUUGCAAGAAGUACAUAAAGGUUUUUCUAGGGAACUUACUGCAAAUCCCAAGUAUCAUGUUUUACCAUAUGAAGAUAAAGCUAGUGUGAAAGCUACAAAAAUUGUUUUCAUAGAACCAUAUACUAGUGUAGAAUGUGAAAUGGCCUAUUUAGGAAAGGCCGAAAAAAAAGUUCGUGACAUGGCUGAUCUUUUAAAAACGCUGUCAAUGUUUGAUGUGCGAGUAAAAUCCCUUUUCAUUGCUGCACGAGUUUGGGCCGAGGUUUGUGCAAUUGAUGAAGUAGAUGAUGGUAAACUUCCAGCUAUUGCGUUUCCAUUAUUGGUAACUUAUUUCUUACAGAGAUGUCAAGAACCUGUGUUACCAGUUGUUAAAAUUGAAGAUUUCAAGGUUAUGCAGUACAAACUAAAAACUUGUCCAAAAACAACUACAUCUGUAGGAGAGUUAUGGUUUGAAUUUUUGAAGUUUUAUGCUGUGAUAUUCAAUUGGGAUGAAAACAUCGUAUCAAUAACUGAUUUGGGACCAGUUUCAAAAAGCUCUAAAUGCAUGGAAAAAGUAUGGAUGUACAUUGAAGAUCCAUUCGAUGGAGGAAAUAUUGCUAAAUCUGUUACCAAUCUUGAUACAGCUAAUUUUAUUAGAGCUUGCUUUGAUGCUUUUUAUAACCACAGGCCAUCUUUAUGUGGAAGUUCUGGUUCUGUAAAAGGUUCUGAGAAGUGGACUUAUUCAUUUGAUUCAUGUGAUAUUUAUCAGUAUGCUCCACCAGAAUGUGAAGAUUGUGCUGCUCUUGGAACUGGCACGUGUAGGGCUUGUUCGAAAAAAGAAUACGUUCCUGUCUCUGCUCCUUUACCUGAACUUCCAGAUGAUUCUUUAUUACUGAAAACAGCUGAUAAAGUUCUUCAUGAUGUAUAUAAUGAAUAUGUACUUAGUGAAUCUGCAAUUAAGGGACGUAAAGCUUUUGUUGAAGAUUUGGAAAGGUACAUUCAACAGAGAUUUAAAGGAGCAAAAUUAGCUUUGUUUGGAUCUUCAGUUAGUGGAUUUGGGUUUAAUAAAAGUGACCUUGAUAUCAAUUUAACUUUACCUGGUAAUGAGGUGAAAGAGAAGCCUCAGCAAAUUUCGAUUUUAAGAAACGUCAUGAAGCAUUUGCGAAAAAAUGAUAUUUACAAAGACAUAUUUUUGAUACCUGCUGAAAUACCAAUUGUAAAAUUUUGUUAUGCUACAAAUGGAUGGUGUGGAGACAUUAGUUUUGGAAAUUCAUUGGCAGUUUACAAUUCAGAACUUCUGCAUGCUUAUAGUACCAUUGAUGAGCGCUGUAGAAUACUUGGUUGUGCUCUAAAACUUAUGGCAAAGAAAACAAGGCUAGCAUCCACUGCAGAUAAGGCUUUAUCAUCUUAUUCCUACAUUAUUAUGGUGAUAUACUAUUUACAGCAAAUAAAGCCUCCUGUUCUGCCUGUUCUACAAGAUUACCAGCUUUGUGCAAAUUCUUUGGAAGUGCCAAAUGAAAUUGUUGAAACAUGGAAUACUUGGUUCUUAAGAGGAGAUAAGGAGACCUAUGCUGCUAUUCUUUCUGAGCAAUCAGGACAACCAAAGAAUACAAAAACUGCUGCCCAAUUAUGGAUUGGAUUACUUGAUUUUUAUGUGAAUUUUAACUAUGACAAUGUAAUAUCAAUCCGUCAAAAAGAAAUAUUACCAGUUGAAGAAAAGCAAAGAACUUUUGACUCCUUUAACAUUGAAGAUCCCUUUAUUUUAUCUAAGAAUUUGGGAAGUGUGUUAUCAUCUGGAAAAGCUAAAGAACUUCAAGUUGUGCUUGGUAAUGCAAGGCAGCUAUUUGGAAAUGAGAAAAAGUUCCCUAAAAAUAUGGACAAUUAUAAAAAUUAUUUUUUCUCUCCAUCACAUUUAACUGGAAGAGCUCAGAAGGAAAUGGAAUGCAGCACAUGUGGUGAUUUUGAUCAUGAAACUAAUAAAUGCCAACGUUUACAGAGAAAUUUUCGAUUUGGAAACUAUCAAACUUUUAAUAAAUACACAAGAAAUUUUUAAUUUUAAAAUGUAUAGCAGAAAGAUCUUAAAUUUACAAUGAAUUUUUAUUAUAUAAAAUAUAUGUAUAUAAUAUUAUUUUUCAAUAAAAAAAAGCCAUUGUUGUUGGUUUGUG